UUUCGACUUAAAAACAGUGCAGCUAUGCCUUGGUGAUGAAAAGAGGCAGCUCGCGGAAAUAAAGGCGGAGGGUGGGGACCGCUCACUGUAGCACGGAAACGCCUAAAACACAAAAAAAAAAUCCCGCGCGCACUGACACGAGUUCAGUGCCAUCUGUCCAUCUGAAAGUGCCUUGCUUCUGUUUGCGAAGAUGCCCAGAGGAUUUUUAGUCAAGAGAAACAGGAAAGCGACGCCCGUGUCGUACCGGAUCCGCGCGGAGCAUGAGGAGGAACAGGAGCGCGAGCAGAUGCAGCGAUCGAGCGAUGCGCCUCAAUCAGCAUCUGCGUCCUUAGCAUUAGUUGCAUCAGCACCACCGCGCGCGAACAGUCUGAGCCACGCUCCCAAACCGGUGCGUUUCGGAAACCCUGAGACUGUGUGCCAGUCGAUGUACAGCCCCACGCGCCCUGUGAGCCGAGAGCACGAGCGCGUGUCCCUCGAGCACCGUUUCGACCUCGGCUCGCCCGUCUCGGCGGAGUCUUUCCCGACGCUCAACGGCUUCGAAGCUCAGCAGCACCUCGCGUGCGCUCCUGUGGACCUAAAGAUCGGCACAAGCGACAGCAACCGGAUUGCUAGCAAACGAGCAGCGCCUGAGCCCGAGCGCAAGAGCAAACCGGCACCCAAAAAAACCAAAGCGAUCAGGAAGUUACAGUUCGAGGACGAGGUCACGACCUCACCGGUUCUCGGGCUGAGGAUCAAAGAGGGUCCGGUUGAGCAAAAGCCGAGCACGCGCUCCGGUGUAGACAAACCGCUUGGCGAGUUCGUGUGCCGCCUGUGCGGUGAGGCGUACGCGGACCCGUUCGCCCUCGCGCAGCAUAGGUGCUCACGCAUCGUGCGUGUCGAAUACAGGUGUCCCGAGUGCGACAAGGCUUUCAGCUGCCCCGCCAAUCUAGCCUCGCACCGGCGCUGGCACAAACCCAAGCAGCUGAACACGACGGGGAACGAUGGCACCGACAAGAAACCCCGCGCGCCGGACGACACGAAUAAGGAUGUGCAAGUUGAGCUCGAGCGAGAGCGCGACACGCCCAGCCCCGGAGCCUCCGAGUCGGGUUCCGGCUCCGAUUCAGACGGCAUGUACGAGUGCCAGCGCUGCGCGAGGAAGUUCAAACGCCAGGCUUAUUUGAAGAAGCACGUCCUGACACAUCACGCUCCGCUGAGUGCAAGUCGCGAGAGUCACGCGCCGUCACAAGAAACCGAGGCGAAGCGGUUGGAGCACGCGCAGGUGCCUGUGCAGGCGCCGUUGGAUUUGAGCGCGUGUCCUGUAUGCGGGGAGACUUUCCCAAGUCGCGUGGCGCAGGAGAGGCACGUCCGCGUGCAGCACGCGUCUCACGUGUACCCGUGCAAGCACUGUCCGGCCGCUUUCUACAGCUCCCCAGCGCUCACGCGCCACAUCAACAAGUGCCACCCGUCAGAAAACCGGCAGGUGAUUCUGCUGCAGGUGCCCGUGCGGCCCGCCUGCUGAAGAGCCCGCGUGCCUUUAAACAUUAAAGGAAAAAAAAAGAAAAGAAGAAAAAACAAAACAGAACAACGGCGCGUGCAAGGGGAAACGACACAGCUAUAAAGCCUCGCGUUUAAAAUCUACACGAUUGUAGUUUAUCAGAAUUGAACAGUUGAACAACAAUUGAAGUGCACAGCGAAAAUAUUAGGUGUUCAGUUAACACAGACUGACGUACAGUGCGGAAUUAACACACACACACACACACACACACACACACACACACACACACACACACACACACACACACUUUUAACACUUUCAAGACUUUAUUUAACACUUUUCAGUUAAGCAUCAUGCUAAUUCGUGAAAGUUACAAGGCUAGGGAUUUAUUAUGACUUAAUUCGCAUUAAAUUCUACGCAAUCGCACUGACGCAGAGGAUUUCUUACUCACUGUGUCUGAGCAGUGCAGUCGUGUUAGUUAAUACAACACAGUCUCAUUUCACAAAUAGUUAAUGAAACAUUGCACGUGGUCAUGGCCUGGGAAAAGGUUUAGACCCCAUGCCCUAUUAUAUGCAUCAUUUAACUCAACUCAAUUUAUUUAUUUAUUUAUGCAUUUAUUUGUGUAUUUAUUCGACUCAUUUCGUAGUUUAAAACUACCAUUAAAAAAAAAAAGAAUGAUGCUAAACAAAAUCGAGUCAAAAAAAGAAGUAAAACAGCAAAGACAUGAAUGUGAGUGCAGUUAAAAAGAAGCUACAACUCAAAACUAACUCAAACAUCACAAUAAAACAGAUAAAUGAAUAAUAAUUAAAAAAAAAAAAUAAUAA